AAAGAAGUCCUUAAUAACACCACUGAAAGCGGUAGUACAAAUCACAAGGAGUCUGAAGUCCUCAGGGAUAGACGUGUGGCUGAAGAAAAGGACUGUCCAGAUCUUCAGAUGCAUCCGCUGCUUUUUCGAGCUCCCGAAGACUGUAAUUUACUGCAUCAAGGAAAUUCUGGCCCUGAUGCAAAUAGUUCAUUCACUAUUUUUCCAGGCAGCCCACCCCAGCUAAACCUAAGUUUAUAUCGCCAUACAAACCAUGCUCUCAAUGUUUUAAACAAGGCUUUGAAGCCUAAUGGUAAAGCUUCUACAUCAUCUGGUCUAUGCUUUCAUCCACUUCUUCAGAGAACCACUGAUGAAAAUUCUGUUGCCCAACCCUCUGCUAGUUCAGAUUUACCAAGGGAAAUGUUUACUCAACCUAUUCCAAAUUAUAGUGAACGAACUGAGAUUGAGAUGCACCCGACUCUUAUGCCAAGAAAAGAGAAAGCUUUAGAAAAACGUGUUUCAAGAUCGUCACAAAUUAUUUCCGAUUCUGAGCUGAUGUCUCAAAGUACAUUUGAGAGACCUAGUACUGAUAUUGAUCCAAGUGCUCGAGCAAUGGUCACAUCCAAUGAAACUGAUAUGGUAAACAAUGCUGAUGACAUAUUAGCCCAGUCUCUUCAAGGAAUUGUGAUGGAACAGGAAGAGCUGAGUGACUCAGAGGAGGAAGAAGAAAAUGUGGAGUUCGAAUGUGAGGAGAUGACCGAUUCAGAAGGAGAGGAAGAGAUUCUUCCGUCUGUGCAGAUGAAUGAUGAACUAAUUGAGGAGACAGGUAGAGCAACUAGUGAUGAAGUCUCAGAUGAACAUGUACCACCAGUUACACAGGGCAUUCCGGAAGAAAAUUCUUGUAGCCCCUCUGAAGACACCAUCACAACAUGGCUAGGGCCUGGCUCCUCGUCUCCGAAUACAAAUUCAUUUCCCCCUGUUUCACAACUAGCAAAUCCCAAGGUUACCACCAGGCAAAAGAUGGGUGGUUCCAAACAAUCAGGGCUGAAUGCUGAAAUGGAGAAGCCUGCUUCAGGAAACGAGCAGGAAGAGUUUAGUUUGGGUGACUUUGUUUCCUCACUCAAAAACUCAAGAAAACGUACACGUAACACGGGCUCUAAGACCAAUGUGGGACGGUCUGGGAAAGGAAUAAUGCCAAGUUUGAAUUCGGACAUGGGCAUAGAAAGCUCAAAGAAAACAAAUGAAGUUGAAAUCAGUUGAUCCUAUGAAAAAGCUCUCUUCUCUACUGAGCUUACUCUUUGGUCAUAUGUUCAUUCUCAAUGCCACCAUGUUUUUAACACGACAUUGAGGAUAAAAUGUUAGCAUACACAAAGCCAUGGUUUUUGCAGUGAAUGGCUGACACUCUCCUCCAGGGAGUUCAAGGCAGGUUUGAGGUGGGGACUUCAGAAGCAUGUGCGAAAGCUGUGGUCUUUUUUCGUGAGUAUGCAGGCCUCAUAUGACCUGGGCCUGGCCCAACGGGACACAUGCCGUUCAUUUGUUGCCUGUUGAUUAGAUAUAAAAUGGUGGCAGCAAGACCUUAUGAAAACAGUGCACGAGAAAAACGAGCUUUUGUUUAACAAAAUCAAGAAAGGUCAUGUGAAUUGUUUUAGGGCAUUAAUUGAAAAUUGUAUGUAUCUUGUGUAUAAAAUGGAAAAAGAUCUUACUAUUUUUUUUAAUUUGAGCAGCAGUGUUUAGUGCAUUCGGAGAGUAAAUAUAUUAUGUCAUU